AUGGGAGAAGAAAAAAAAGAAAAGAAAGAAAAGAAAGAGAAGAAAGAGAAAAAAGAGAAAGAAAAAGAAGAUGAACCAGUUGAAGAAAAAAAAGAAACUACAACCAGUAGUAGUGGUGGAGGGAAAAGAGCUCAAAGAGCUACUUCAAAUGUUUUUGGAAUGUUCCCACAGAAUCAAAUACAAGAAUUUAAAGAGGCAUUUACACUAAUUGAUCAAAAUCGUGAUGGAUUCAUUGAUAUUGAAGACUUGAAAGAUAUGUAUGCCUCAUUAGGUCGUACUGCAACUGAUAAAGAAUUGAAAGAAAUGUUAGAUGAGUCACCUGGCCCAUUAAAUUUCACAAUGUUUAUAAAUCUAUUUGGUGAAAAAUUGAACGGUACUGACCCUGAAGAUGCACUACGCAAUGCCUUUGCCAUGUUCGAUCCAGGGAACAAACGAUACCUAGAAGAGGAAUAUAUUAAAGAUCUUCUACAAAAUAUGGGUGAUAAUUUCAGUGCUGAAGAGAUAAGACAAACAUGGAAGGAAGCACCAAUCAAACAAGGCCAAUUAGACUAUGAUAAAUUUGUAACUCUCAUCAAGAGAGGUAAUCAAGAUGAUGCAUAA